AUGAGAAUUCACCUCCCCAUGUAGAGUCAGUUCUGGGACUUUCCCUUUAAGAGCUGUCAGAGCAAGGAGGCUGGCCAAGCUAGGCUGGAGGUGGGGACAGAGGGAAGAAAAAGAGAGAGAGAGAGAGAAGCAGGAAAAGUUUUUUUUAGAGGAAAAUGCAGGGCUAGUCUGCUGGCCUGACGUCAGAUGUCGCUUUGACAAACCCCCUCAGGGGCUGAGGAAGGCUCUCCCCUGCUCUGAUGGGCCAGCCCAGUCCUGGCCCAGCUCCCUGGAGAGGCAUCCGCAUCUCGGCUGAGCCGUAGCUCCUGUGACGCUGACUUCCAGGCAUGAGGUGGCUCCUGCCCUGGACGCUGGCAGCCGUGGCAGUCCUGGUGGCGGGCAACGUCCUGGCCACGGCCCUCUCUCCAACGCUCACAACCAUGACUUUCACUCCAGCACCGCUGGAGGACACGACUGCGCGGCCUGAAUUCUGCAAGUGGCCAUGUGAGUGCCCACAGUCCCCACCUCACUGCCCCCUGGGCGUCAGCCUAAUCACAGAUGGCUGUGAAUGCUGUAAGAUAUGUGCCCAGCAGCUCGGGGACAACUGUACAGAGGCUGCUGUCUGUGACCCACACCGGGGCCUCUACUGCGAUUACAGUGGGGACCGCCCGAGGUACGCAAUAGGAGUGUGUGCACAGGUGGUCGGUACGGGCUGCCUCCUGAAUGGCGUGCGCUACAGCAAUGGCGAGUCCUUCCAGCCUAACUGCAGGUACAACUGCACCUGCAUUGAUGGCACAGUGGGCUGCACACCACUGUGUCUAAGCCCCAGGCCCCCACGCCUCUGGUGCCGCCAUCCCCGGCAUGUGAGAGUGCCCGGCCAGUGCUGUGAGCAGUGGGUGUGUGACGAUGACGCAAGGCGGCCACGCCAGACUGCACUGCUGGACACCAGAGCCUUUGCUUCGGGCCCAGUGGAGCAAUGGCACGGGAACUGCAUAGCCUACAGUAGCCCCUGGAGUCCCUGCUCAACCACCUGUGGCCUAGGCAUCUCCACUCGGAUCUCUAACGUCAAUGCCCGGUGCUGGCCAGAGCAGGAAAGUCGCCUCUGCAACCUGCGGCCAUGUGAUAUGGACAUCCUUCCACACAUCAAAACAGGGAAGAAGUGCCUGGCUGUGUACCAGCCAGAGGAGGCCACAAACUUCACUCUCGCAGGCUGUGUCAGCACACGCACCUACCGACCCAAGUACUGUGGAGUCUGUACUGACGAUAGAUGCUGCAUACCCUACAAGUCCAAGACCAUCAGUGUCGAUUUCCAGUGUCCAGAGGGGCCUGGUUUCUCCCGUCAGGUCCUAUGGAUUAAUGCUUGCUUCUGCAACCUGAGCUGCAGGAAUCCUAAUGAUAUCUUUGCUGACUUGGAAUCUUACCCCGACUUCUCAGAGAUUGCCAAUUAGGUAGGUGUGUGGCUCAAGGUAAAACUCCACGUUUGCAGAGCAGCCAGUCCUCUGUAAAGCAGGACUUCACAAUUGUGCCUUAUUUCAUCUGCUUCCUACUCAAUUCUGAAUUUUGUGAUCCUGACCCUAAGUCUCUGUUCCUAUUUUGAUCAUCCUAAUGGCCCAGGAGAGUGCUGCUUGGGCUCAGACAAUGGGUCCCUCCUGAGGGACAUUUUACGUCACUCCAAAGAAAACACAUGUUUGACUUUUCACAGUGAAUGUCAAGCCUGACACAGCCAGUCUGGCACCAGCCUGUGCAAGUUGUCAGAAAUCCCGAUGGGACUACCCAUGGAAAAGAACCAGCUGAAGAACCAGUAUCACAGACUCCUUCUUCAGAUGCUAAGCCUGAAGGUGUUGGGUUUCUUUCAGACAGAUGGAUGGGAUUGAGGACAUAGGAGUAAGCUAUUAUUUGGGCCUUGCCAAAUGAUAUUAUCAUGGGUAUGUCUACCCACAACACACCAAAAGUGCUCUUGUUCCAAAGGUCGGUGUACCACAAGAUCACCAAACAUUUUCCAGGUGAAGUCAAUAAUUAUGCCAUUUGGAUUUGCGAUAUAAAGCCACUUUCAUUAAUUGAGGGUAAAUUUCUAUUCUCACCCCCUGAAAUAGGAAAGGCUCAAAUUAGAUUCAGGUCAAUCAGAAAUGUAAUUUGAGAAAUUUUAUGUUGCUGGCAGAUGACUGCUAGCAGCCCCCAAUUCAUCUUCCUGGGAUGGGGCAAGGCCAGCCAUCCUCACAAGCCACAUCAGAUCAGGUCACUGAAUCUGCUGUUGACCAAGUUCUUAGGGCAAUUAGCCAACUCUGGGUCUCCCUUGCCCUAAGGCUCAUGAGAGUUGGGAGGGACCCUGAGGUGACCUGUCUGUUCUCUCAAACAGUACCUCAGAACAGUGUAAUCAUGGGAGAAAGAUGUCUCCAUGAGCCUCAGGAGAUUCUUUUGAAGUCCAAACCAGACCUAGCAGGAUGUACAUGUCAAACAGAUAAGUGGGUCAGUGGCCUGGGUGGCCUCUGACAGGAGUGCUAAGGCCACAAUUGUUCUUGGACACAUCUCUUUUGUUUCCAUGACCUGUUUCACAGCCUUAGUGUCUGUGAAGCAAAAAUCACUCAGUUUUCUAGUCUGGAGAUAGAAGUUGACCAGCUGUAAAUCAAAAUGGAGAUCUAUUUAACAGUAGUAAAAGCCAAAGAGUUUGUAAACUAAAGAAAGAGAUUUCUCCUAAGUGUUAAUGAGGCUUUUAUUUAUUUUAGUAGUAGAAUUUAAGAUUUUUCUGUCACCAUUCUUUUAUUGGGUAUGUUCUACUUGCUGCCCAUUGCUCUCAAUACUUGCCAUGUAUUUACUCACUGAAGUUUUGUGAUAACAUUGAAGAGUUCCCUUCAUGAUUUCUGUUCUUGACACUGUGAAAUGGAAGCUCAAAGAGGUCAGCAAACUCAAAGUCACCCAUCUGGAGAUUCACAUCCCAGAUAGAUUAACUUCAUAAUUCAUAUUUCCCCUUUGCUUCUGGACCUUGCAAACAUAUCAGGGCAGGAAAGUAUACUGAAGUCAGCAACUUGUCCUAUUAAUAUUGUCUCUUUGGCUCCUUUCCCACAAGAGAAGAGUGUGUCUAGGUACUAAGCAUCCAGGCUAAACUAGACAGAAAAAAGGCAUGUGCAUUCCCUGUUGCUCUUCCUGCCCUAACAUUAGAACCAACUUACAACAUGCAUUUAUACAAUGACUCUGUUUUCCCAGCACCACAUGUGGGGUGAUGGGAAGAUGACUGUGAAAGAACAACACACAAUACACAAAUGGAUUCUUAAGUAGGAUUUCCAUUCCUUCCUGCAACCUCCCAAAGGCCGGGCCUUGUGCAAGGCAAACUGCGGUGCUCAAAAUGUAUUUAAGGAAGAAAAUACAUUAUAAAUACACUCCUGUUUUUCCUUAGAAACAUUCUUUUUCCAAUAUCUCACCUUACCAGUGAAAAUUUUCUCUUAAAUUAGGCUUAGUGUUUUGAAUAAAUGUAUGCUCAUAUGUGUACAUAUAAUAUACAUGUAAUAAUAAGUUACCUUGUAUGUAAUGAUAAGUUACCCCUAAACAUUAUUACUUGUGUCAGUUUUGAGUGGAUGACGUUAGGUUUUCUUAUAUUGUAAAAGCCUGUCUUAACAACUGACUCUGUAAAACGUUCAUAGAAGCCAUAGCUAGGGUCUUACCAGGUACCCAUCCUCAUUUGGGGGACUGAGCUGAGCAUCCUCAAUCAAAGGAGGUUCAGCUAGAGGAGUUAGGGUGAUCGUUGGGAAUAGGAAGAAGGGUGGCCGCAGUAGCUAGGUUGUUAUUGAGAAAUGUACCUGGCUAACAUCAGGACCAGAGGAACCAUCCUUGAAAGUCCCAGGAAAGAAGACCUGGAGGCAAUAUAAAGAAGCUCUUUCUAAUAAUCAGAAACAGUGUGUAAUGGUGUGGCCUGGUUCAAGGAAAGUGAAGCCUAUCAAUUACAGUUAAAAAACGAAAGUCCAUUUAUUGGCAGCUGAUUUGGUGCUAAGCACAGUGGUGCAUUUUAUCAGGUUAUCAAUGAGCAGAGCUGUGCUCAAUAUACAACCUAUCUCUAUUCAAUAAAUAGAAACCGUGAAGCUCAAAGGAAUUGAGGAGCUGAGACCCAGCCUUAUGCUUACUCCGCUCUACCAGAGGAAGAGAUCUAGACUGAGCCUAAAUGACUACUACUGGAGGCUCACAUGAGCAAGUCUUUAGAUUGCAUUUCCCCCCCACCCCCGGCCACAAAAAAAAAAAAAAAAAAAGCUUAGAAACAAAGGAAAGAAGCAACGAGGGUGAGCUAACCCUCAGUGAAGAAGUUCAUUGUGGCAGAAAGUGAAUUUCUUGGCUGUGCUUACUCAUGAGAGAGAGAGAGACCUGAUCUCAUAGAUCCACAGCUUACUAAAAUUAGCAUUUGGCGAUCCCUGAGCAUGCACCAACUACUCCUCAGUGCUUUACUCCUCAGCCUACGUAAUCCUUUCAAUGAGCCCAGGAGUUAAGGCAUUGCCACUGCCCAUUUUAGGGCCAAAACAGCCAAGUUGCCAGGAGUUAAGUAAUUUGCUCAAGUUCUUACCAACCAGGGCACUGCAGACAAGCAACUAAAACCCAGGAUCAUGUGACACACCCAUCUCUUCUGACAGCAGAGGAGAUUCACAGACUGGUGCUGAAAUCCUAAUUUUGAAGGUGAUUAGAGGUUGAUCAAAGAAAGUAAUUUCAAAUGAUAUGACUGAUUGUAACCACCCUAAUUAAUUUUGGAUUACAUAUGCAUAGAGAUUGUGGAGACCAUGACUAUGGUGUUGACUUAUGUCAUUUCUUUUAAAUACUUGGUUUUGACUCAAAGGAACCACAGGGACAGCCCUGAAUGGCUGGGAAGCAGAAGGCUAUGAUUAGCUAUGUGUCCACGCAUAGGUAUGUGUAUGUUUGUAUUUGUGUGUAUAUAUCUAUUUUCAAACUGUGAUUGAGUAUUUAAAUAUUCCUACUUCCAUUUUGUAAGUGAAUACACAUUAAGAAAUGCCUUUGAAUUUUCUAAUAGAGGAAAAAUAGCCCUUGGGCACCAUGUCUCGUUUUACCACAUUCCCCAUUUUUCUCAUGAUUUGUGUAGCAGGGAAUGUGUUUGUUCACCCAUGAUGGGUUCUCAUUGUUCAAAUUCUUUGUUUACAGCUUUUCUCCUUAAAGCAAUAAACCAUCAGCAAAAGUGA